GAAGAAUUGGCGAGCUCAAUCAUGGAGGCAGCCUCUGUUCCCUCCCAAAUGAAGAGUUCCAUGCUUAGUUGCAUCAGCCUCUCCGAUCCCGACGUUGAUAAAUCCAUCGCGCUUCUCAAGCAGGCAUGCUUAGACUCUGGAUUCUUUUAUGUUAUCGAUCAUGGAAUCCCACAAGACUUUAUGGAUGACGUUUUUUCCCAAAGUAAGAAUUUUUUUGAUCUACCUAUGGAUGAGAAAAUGAAGCUUCUACGAAAUGAAAAGAAUCGAGGUUAUACACCAAUUCUAGAUGAGAUUCUGGAUCGAGAUAAUCAAGUUGAUGGUGAUUACAAAGAGGGAUAUUACAUUGGUGUUGAAGUACCUGCUGAUGAUCCUCAAGCAGAGAAACCCUUUUACUGGACUCAAAAUUUAUGGCCUCCUGAAGGUCAUUUACCUGGAUGGAGGUUAACAAUGGAGAAGUAUCACAAUGAGGCCCUGAGGGUGGCAAGAGCAGUGGCUAGGAUCAUAGCUCUGGCACUUGACCUAGAUGGUGACUUCUUUGAUAAACCAUACAUGCUUGGGGAGCCAAUUGCAACUUUGCGACUUCUACACUAUCAAGGUACAAUGUCUAAUCCUUCAAAGGGAAUAUAUGGUGCCGGAGCCCACUCGGAUUAUGGUUUGAUCACUCUCUUGGCAACAGAUGAUGUAGUUGGCCUCCAAAUAUGCAAGGAUAAGGAUGCACAGCCUCAAAUAUGGGAAUACAUUGAACCUGUGAAAGGAGGGUUCAUUGUCAAUCUUGGAGACAUGCUUGAACUGAGUAAUUGCAUAUUCAGGUCCACAUUGCAUCGAGUCGUCACAGAUGGACGGGAACGUUUUUCUAUUGCAUAUUUUUGUGGAGCUCUAGCCAUGACUGCAUAGUCGAAUGCCUGCCGACAUGCAAAUCUGAAGAAAAUCCACCCAAGUUCCCUCCGAUAAGUUGCAGCACAUACCUGUCCCAAAGAUACAAAGACACACAUGCAGA